UUGUAGGUAUGUUGUUCUUUAUUUGAAAUGUUAUCUCAACCAAGUUAAUUGAGUGGUUGUUCGAGGAAGGUGAAUAUCCUGUUGAUAAGAAAAACAAUUGAAAAUGGCUUCUAGAGCAAUUUUAAGAAGGAGAAGAUUUGUUUCCGAUUACCUGAAUGCGUCACUAUGCCCAGUCCAGACCUUCCAGUUUCUUGGCCAUCCAACUCAGAAGCUGGAAUUGCGUGGUUAUAUAUCCAAUGUGAACUGUCUGUCUGAAGAUAUUAAUCAUCCAAAGAAAUUGGAUGUAAAUUCAGUUGCGGAACAGGGUUUAGUGGGUUUUUCAGGAUCAGGAUAUUUUAGUUAUAAAUCUCAGAGAAUCUCAGUUUUGAGUCCUGGAAGUGGAAAAUUCCAAUUCAAUUCUCCAUUGAGUGUCAGAUUGAUGUCAUAUUCUGUUCGGCAUGCCUCAACAGCUACUGCUAGACAACCUGAACCCGGCAGUGAUGAUGAGGGAAAUGAAGAAUUGGUUGCAAAAAAGAGAAAGGAAGCAUCUGCAGAAGAAUGUGAUCAAGCUGUUGAAGGUUUGAGUACUGCUAAAUCCAAAGCCAAAGCUAAACGGUUGCAAUAUUCUCAAAAGGUUGCCAAGUCCAUUUUGCAAAGAGUAUGGGCCACAGUUAUUGGGAUUGGUCCUGCUUUAAGAGCUGUAGCUUCAAUGAGCAGGGAGGAUUGGGCCAAGAAACUUGUUCAUUGGAAACAUGAAAUCCGCUCUACUUUGCAACACUACUGGUUGGGUUUUAAGCUACUUUGGGCUGAUGUGAGGAUCAGCUCACGAUUGCUGCUAAAGCUUGCUGGUGGUAGAAGUUUAUCUAGAAGGGAAAGGCAACAACUGACACGAACUACUGCCGAUAUCUUUAGGCUAGUUCCAUUUGCAGUUUUUAUCAUAGUUCCAUUCAUGGAAUUUCUUCUGCCUGUUUUCUUGAAACUGUUCCCUAACAUGCUGCCAUCUACUUUUCAAGACAAGAUGAAAGAGCAGGAAGCACUGAAAAGGAGGCUCCAGGCAAGAAUAGAAUAUGCCAAGUUUCUUCAAGAUACAGUCAAAGAAAUGGCAAAGGAGGUUAAAAAUUCAAGGAGUGGAGAAAUCAAGCAGACCGCUGAAGAUCUUGAUGAAUUUUUGAAUAGGGUCAGACGGGGUGCUGGUGUAUCUAAUGAUGAAAUUCUUAGCUUUGCCAAGCUGUUUAAUGAUGAACUCACUCUAGAUAAUAUCAGCAGGCCUCGAUUGGUAAAUAUGUGCAAAUACAUGGGAAUCAGCCCUUUUGGAACAGAUGCUUAUUUGCGUUAUAUGCUUCGGAAGAGACUCCAAAGGAUUAAGAAUGAUGACAAGUUGAUUCAAGCAGAGGGGGUGGAUUCCCUAUCAGAAGCUGAACUUCGUGAAGAUUGUAGGGAACGAGGGAUGCUUGGAGCACUCUUGGUGGAAGAAAUGCGUCAACAGCUUCGGGAUUGGCUGGAUUUGUCUCUCAAUCAUGCAGUUCCAUCUUCCCUUUUGAUCCUUUCAAGGGCAUUCACAGUAUCAGGAAAGCUGAAGCCUGAAGAUGCUGUUCGGGCUACGCUUUCUUCUCUACCUGAUGAAGUUGUGGAUACUAUUGGUGUUACAGCUUUACCAUCUGAAGAUCCUGUUUCAGAAAGGAGAAGGAAGAUAGAGUACCUUGAGAUGCAGGAAGAACUGAUCAAGGAGGAGGAAGAGAGAGAAGAGGAAGAGAUGGCAAGGAUGAAGGAAUCUAAAGCUACACAAGUAGAUGUGGCAUUGAAAGAGAUGACUAUCCCAACGGCUAGAGAAGCGCAAGAACAGGCUAUAGCAAGAGCAAUGGAAAAAAGAGACCAGCUCUGUGAAAUCAGUCGUGCAUUGGCUGUUUUAGCUUCAGCAUCUUCUGUGAGCAGAGAGCGUGAAGAGUUUCUUGGUCUUGUCAAUAAGGAGAUAGAACUUUAUAAUAGCAUGGUAGACAAAGAAGAUGGUGAAAAAGAUGCCAUUAAGGCAUAUAGGGCUGCAAGAGAGGAAAGUGACCAUUCUAGUGAAGUGUCUGAUAGUGAUGAGGUUUCUUCAGCGCUUAUCGAUAAAGUUGAUGCUAUGCUCCAAAAUCUUGAGAAGGAAAUAGAUGACGUAGAUGCAAAAAUUGGUGAUGGAUGGCGAGUACUUGACAGGGAUCAUGACGGGAAAGUAACUCCCGAGGAGGUGGCUGCUGUUGCACAAUACUUGAAGAAUACAUUAGCAAAGGAGGGUGUGCAAGAACUCAUCAGCAAUCUUUCGAAAGAUAGAGAUGGAAAAGUUCUUGUGGAAGACAUCGUCAAAUUGGGCAGUAUGAUGGAAGACAACACUAGUGGCGAGGAGGAGGGAAGAAGAAUGUAGAGAUUGUAAUCCAUUUUCGAGAGAGCUUCAUUAAUUAUGAUAGGUGUAGGUGGUGGAAUGCAUACGUGUUGCAGGCAUGGUGGUAUUGAACUGGACUGAUGGAGGACUUCAAGUUGGAAUGGGUCAGUUUUUCUUUUCUUGACCUUUUAUUUUAUAAAGAAACCUGGGAUAAAAGGAGAUGUAAAAAUU